AUGGACGUAGCGCCCGAAAAGCAAAGCGUGCCGUCUUACGAUGAAAAAUACCAGGGUAAAUCGUUGCACGAAUCCGAUAUUGCCGUAGAGGAACACGUCGAAGAUGAAGAAGACUCCCCUAUCGAAGAAGUUCGUGCCGUUGUGCCAAACACUGACGAUCCUACCAUGCCUGUGUGGACAUUCCGAAUGUGGUUCCUUGGUUUGGUUUUCUCUUGCGUUCUCGCUUUUGUGAAUCAAUUUUUCUUUUACCGUAAAAAUCCGCUACAAUUGACGCCUCUCGUCAUUCAGCUGAUUACUUAUCCCAUCGGCAAGGUCAUGGAGAUGGUGAUCCCGAAAUCACGCUUUUUCAAUCCCGGUCCUUUCAAUAUCAAGGAGCACGUCUUAAUCACGACCAUGGCCAACUGCUGUUAUUCCACUGCUUACGCUGUUGAUAUCAUUACCAUCAUGAAAUUAUUCUACAACCAAGAUAUCGGCUGGGGUGGCGGUAUCCUUCUUAUUUGGACCACUCAGUUGAUCGGCUAUGGUAUGGCCGGUGUUCUCCGUCCGUUCCUCGUCUAUCCUUCCGCCAUGGUCUGGCCCACUAAUCUGGCCAACAUUUCUCUUUUCCGUUCUUUCCAUAUCGCCGAUAGGGAUUGGACCGGUAUCACUCGUUUCCGUUGGUUUCUCAUGAUCUUUGCUGGCAUGUUCGUGUACUAUUGGAUUCCCGGCUAUUUCUUCCAAAUCUUGACUUUCUUCUCGUGGGCGUGCUGGAUCGCGCCAAACAAUCGAACAUUAGCCCAACUGACCGGUGGUUACGGUGGUAUGGGCAUGCUUUCUCUCUCCUUUGACUGGGCUACCAUUGCUUCUUACUUGUCAUCCCCCAUGAUUGUCCCCUGGUGGGCUAUUGUCAACAUUGCUGUCGGUUUCGGUGUCGUGGCCUGGAUUAUUGUGCCUGCCAUGUACUAUACCAAUGUCUGGGACGCUCAAACUUUCCCCAUUAUUACCUCGGAAUUGUUUACCAAGACCGGAGAACUCUGGGAUAAUUCGCUCGUGUUGACCAGUGAAAACAUUCUCAACGAAACCGCCUAUCAGGAAUACGGUCCCAUGCGAAUGACUCCCUUCUUUGCUUUCACUUACGGUAUCAUGUUUGCUGGUGUUACUUCCAUCUUGACUCACACGGCUCUCUAUCACGGAAAAGAUAUCAUUGCUCAAUUCAGAAAAGCCCGCACGGAAGAUGAGGAUAUCCACGCCAAGCUGAUGCGUGCUUACAAGGAAGUGCCUCACUGGUGGUAUAUCACUGUGUUCGUCAUCUCCUUUGCUGUCUCGUUCGCUGUCAUUUACGCGUGGCCUAUCUAUCUCCCUUGGUGGGGUCUCAUUCUUUCCAUUGUUAUCCCUAUCAUCUUCACUUUGCCUAUCGGUAUCAUUCAGGCCAUCACCAACCAGCAACCUGGUUUGAACGUCCUCACGGAAUUUAUUAUUGGUUAUGCUUUGCCUGGUCAUCCCAUUGCCAACGUUACGUUCAAAACGUACGGUUACAUUUCCAUGUACCAGAGUUUAACCUUUGUCUCUGAUCUGAAACUCGGUCACUACAUGAAGAUCCCCCCGCGUGCCAUGUUUGCCGUGCAAAUGGUCGGCACAGCCCUUGCCGGUGUCAUCAAUCUUGCUACGGCUCGCUGGUUAAUGGACUCUAUUCCCAAUAUCUGUACCCCGGCGGCCGAUCCCUUCACCUGUCCCAAUGCCAAGACCUUUUAUUCCGCUUCGGUUAUUUGGGGUGCCAUUGGUCCUGGCAAAAUGUUUGGUGUUGAUUCGCCUUACCGUCCCAUGUUGUGGUUCUUCCUGAUCGGUUUUAUCUUGCCCAUUCCUUUCUGGUUGCUGUCCAAGAAGUACCCCAACAGCUGGGUUAAGUAUGUCCACAUUCCCUUGAUCUUCAACGCCACCGGUAUGAUGCCGCCCGCCAUGCCUAUCAAUUUCUCCAUGUGGUGUCUCGGCGGUUUCAUUUCCAUGUAUUACAUCCGCAAGUAUCACCACGCUUGGUGGCUCAAGUACAACUAUGUCACCUCCGCUGCCUUUGACUCCGGCGUCGCCAUUGCCACCCUGGUUAUUUUCGGUGUCAUCACCGGCUCAGGUUACGUACCUGAUUGGUGGGGCAAUGGUGGCCGUUAUGGCGACUUUGCUACCCCGGAUAAUUGCCCGUUGGCAGCUGCUAAUGCUACGAACCACUGUGUUAUUUGUUAA